UCCAAUAAUCCAUGGCCAAAAUUAUAUCUGACGGGAAUGGCAACUCUUUCGCUGUCGGAGAAUACAUCGACAAAGGGAGUUUCAGUCAAGUUUACAAACUGGAGUGUGUCAGUACCAAAAGAAAUUUCGCCGGAAAAUUCGUAAGCAGAGAAAAGCUGCAGAGGUACGGCAUAGGACACAAAGUGUGGGACGAAAUACGAAUCCACCAAGGACUGCGACACAAGAACAUAGUUCAGUUUUAUUCUCACAUGGAACGUGAAAGCCAUAUCAUAAUAGUUUUGGAGUAUUGUUCUAGAUAUUCAAUGGUCAACAUUCUCCACGCUCUGAAAACGUUGAGUGCCAAUGAAGCCAAGUUCUUCAUGAUUCAGAUACUUUCUGCAGUAGAGUACUUACACCACCAUCACAUAUGCCAUAGAGAUCUCAAACUAGGGAAUCUGUUCGUCAAUAGUGCUUUAGAAAUAAAAUUAGGUGACUUUGGGCUCGCAGUGGUCAUAGAAUAUCAAGGACAAAAGCGGUUUUCUCGGUGUGGAACUCCUAAUUAUAUUUCACCUGAAGUUAUCAACGGUACCGGCCACAGUUACGAGGUUGAUGUCUGGGCGCUCGGGUGUAUCCUGUAUACGAUGAUGGAAGGAACUCCCCCGUUCCAGGGUAAAGAUACGACCUCUACAUACAACAACAUACUCAGGUGCAAGUGGAACUGCUCUUCCACUACGCCUCUCUCUGCGAAACUCUUCAUAAACUGUUGUCUCCAAAAAGAUGCCACGCGAAGGCCCGAUGUAUUUCAUUUGAAGAAGUUGGAUUUUGUAUCAUCAGAUUCCAUUCGAGCUCAAGCCCCAGAAAUCGACUUCGAAGGAGAUAAAAUUACAUCGAUGAAAUCAAACAAACGAAAGGUUACGGACCUUUGGGAGCCUCAGAAGCCAGUUCUGAAAGACUUUGUCAUCAGCAAUUUUGAUAAGUUGUUAAAAUGUUUAGGUGACGUAGAAAACUGGUCUGUGUCAAAGUUUGGUGAGUUUUUAUCAGAGUCAUCUUUGAAAAUCCCUCUAAUUUGGGUCAACUCUUGGAUGGACUUUACAAACGUGUACGGUUUCGCUUAUCAACUAAACAAUCACAACUUUGGCAUUAUUUUUAACGAUGGAACACGAAUGCUGUACAAAGCUGAAGAAAGGUGUGUUCAAUAUCUGCAGAAAGCGGGGGCUUCUUUUGUCUGUAAAGAAUCUGCCGUGCCGGAAUCCCUUAAGAAGAAACUUAAAAUUUUAACAAAUUGUAAAAAUUACAUGAGUGAGUCUCUUCGUGUCGCCCACCAUGCUGAAAAGGACUGUAAUUCCAACGAUGUAAACUGGAAUAGUGAAGUUUUCUACUGGACCAGGGGACCAAACGAGACUGCGAUGUUCAUGACAAAUGGAAGCAUUCAAGUAAACUUUGCAAGCGACCACACUAAGGUAAUCAUCUGCAGUCAAACUAAAACUGUAACAGUCAUAGAGAGAGUAGACUUUAUGAAAACUUUAAAGCUCAGCGUACUAGAAAAGUGUGGAUGCAGUAUCGAACUGAAAAAUAAAUUAGUGAUUGCUUGUGGGUUUGUAAAGAACUUUUUAACUGAGGAGUCGGAGAGAUUUAUUGGUUAGAGAUUUUUUAUCCUUCCCGGCUCGAAUUGACCGACAUUGUUUUUAUUACCUUAGUAAUUGUGUCAAAGCACAAUUCACAACUCAAAUCAUACAACAUGAACUAUGUUUUAUGUACUUGAAGGGUAAACAAUGGAUCACAGAAUAACCAGUGCUUUGAAUUUAAAAUCUACUUUCAUCUUAGCCUAGUAAAGGUCCAACAACACGAUUACUAUCACUAAUGACUAUCUUGGCACUAUGUGACGAACUCGAUACAAGACGUUUAUAGUUAGCUGGCUAAAGCCUAACUAUAAAUCAAAAUUUAAUUAUUUCCUACUGGAAGAGUUGUAUUUAUCUAUUGUGUACAUUUUAUUAAAAACAAUACAUUUUGAGUUAUAUUUUA